AUGCACUACUAUGGGGAGCGGUACAAACAUCUGUACCUGCCAGGAUCGGGCUAUAUCACUGAAAGCAUCCAGCAGUGCACGCCCCAGAAAGAUGUGUGCAGCACCACAUGCCACCCAGUCAGUGUGAUAAAGAGCCCAAUGCCAAGAUGGCAAAGCUACACUCAACCUUUCACCUAUGUGUGCCCACAGCCAAGUGUGACCCAGACACCUCUGCUGUCUUGUCCACCCUAUGUACAGCAAUGUGUCCUGCUGUACCCCGAGCCUUGUGAGACCACUCGCCUUCUACCCUGCAGGAAGCCCAGCGUGAAGCUGAGCACAACACCAUGUUUCCAGCCCUGUGAGACCAUCCACCCUGAGAAAAAGCGCAUGGCCAAGAGCCUUCCACCAUGUGCACCCAGGUGCCCAGAGCCGGGCAAACUCAGGUUCCCACCAUGUGGGAUCAAGUACUCAUCCUCAUGCAAGAAUGAAUGCAGGUCGCAGAAGAUAUCCAAGUGCUCACCACAACGAUAUGGCACAGAGCUCCGGUCCCUGCAGGGGAUGACCAGCGGGUAUUCCCCACCGCUGCGUGGAGUCACCGAGUGCCCCCCACAGCAGUGCGUAACAGAGUCUUUCACGCAAGAGUACGUGAGUGGGUUCCCCCAGCAGAAGUGCAUGAAGGGUUACCCAACACAGGAAUCUGUCACCACCUACUCCUCCCAGCAGCAAGCAACCAAGUCCGUGCCGCAGCCAAACGUGCCCAAAUGCUCCCCUGGACAGGGAAUAAAGGAGUGCUCCUCACAGCAGCAAACAGGCAAAUGCUUGCUGCCACAGGAGGGAACCAAGCACAAGAGCUCAUCGACACAACACCUAAGCAAGUCCAAGUGCCUCUACCCACGGGCCACCCACCACUCAACGCACCAUCACUCAGGAUGUGUGAAACGUUCAGGCCACUCCAAGAAGAGUCGUUGUGGUCCAAAAUGCCUGUGGUAA